AUGUACCACCUACAGAAUGCAAAGUCGCGCAGCAAUGCCUACGGCCCGCAGCUUGGCGUGAAAUUCAGCAAGCGUCAGAAUGAGCUUCCAACGCUCACCCUCCCUUACGGAACCUGGCGAGCAUCAGAGUACAACGCAGAUGCCGAUGUGUAUGUCUUCAAGAACAUUAGGUUCGCCGCAGCGCCGAUUGGUGACCUCCGUUGGCGUAAGCCGCAGCCUCCGGCCAAUAAUGAUACCAUCCAGGAUGGUAGCUACGGGCCCAUCUGCGUCCAAGCUCCAAUCGAAGGACUCAAUCUUCUCGGCCCCGGCAACAACUCUCCUAUUGGAGGAGCGAUUAAUCAGUUCUUAGCAGGAAUCCCUGUUCCCAUCUUCGAAGGUGGCUCCGAGGACUGUCUUUUUCUAGACUUAUUCGUCCCUGGAGAUGCUGUCCGAGACCCUGACACGCAUAGCCUGCCGGUCAUCGUAUGGAUUUACGGAGGAGCAUACGUAUUUGGUAGCAAGGAUGCACUUGAUUUGAUUGGCUUUUACAGUGGAACAGGCCUGAUCCAACAGUCUGGAGGGAACGUAAUAUACGUUGCCGGCAACUAUAGGUUGGGUACUUAUGGCUUCCUUGCUGGCGAAACCAUGGAGAAUGAUGGUGUGCCAAAUGCUGGAUUCUGGGAUCAGAGAGCGGUCUUCCAAUGGGUUCAAGAUUACAUUGGCCUUGUCGGUGGGGACGCUUCAAACGUCAAUGCCUGGGGCGAGAGUGCAGGCGCUGGUUCUAUUCUUCACCACCUGACAGCUCAAGGAGGCACCCUUGACCCUCUGUUUAAGAAGGCAGUUGCGCUAAGCUCCGCAUUCCAAAUUAUGUGGGAUCGCAAAGGAGGCCUGGAGAACAUCUUCCAGAACUUCAGUGCACUUGCCGGCUGCGAGGGUCAAGGCUUGGACUGCCUUCGUGCAGCUGACCCGGCGACGCUUGACACUGCCAACGAAGCCUUGAUCAGAGCCGCGCCGGAAAGUGCUUUCAAUAUCGGACCGGCUGCAGACGGAGAUUACGUGCGUCAACUUCCUAUGCUGGAGUUCGCGUCAGGGAACUAUUGGAAGGGCCUGGAUUCCCUGAUUAUCAGCCACACAGCUGACGAAUCUGAAUUGUUCGUUGAUGGACACAUCCAGACCGACGAACAGUUCAACGGCUUCAUAGACAGUGUGUUCCCAACGUACGUGAAGGAGGCGGGCAUCAAUGCUGCUAUUGAAGAAUUCUAUCCACCCGUCUCGACCAACGACACGUACGCUACCGUCACCGAAAGAACCAAGGCCUUCGUGAGGGAUUCGUCAUUCACAUGCUGGUCCCGGUUCCUAACAGACGCCUACGACGGCAAGUCAUGGAACAUGCAGUAUAGCGUAUCGCCGGGCUGGCACGGAACGGACCUGCUGCCUCUCUUCUACCAGAUCUACGUGUCGUUCGGAGGCGACGUCGCUUUUCCUUUGAUCCCAGGCUUCGGAUCUUUUGCGACGGCGUAUCAAUCGUACUUUACGUCUCAUGCACGUUCAGGCGACCCGAAUACGCACUCGGCCAAGAUCAAUUUACCGCCGGCGAUCAACUGGCCUCAUCCGACAACUGGAGGCGAGAACUUGGGCAACGUGCUGAACGUGGGCAACCUGGGCUUCUCGCUGAGGACGGACGAGCAGCUGCCCAAGAGCUCGUGCGAUUUCAUCCUCGAGCUGGCGGCGGCCGUGACGAACGUGGGUGGGUAUGCGGCGCCGGGGACGGCGCAGCCGCAGAGCUUGGUGGAGUUCGACGGGGAUCCGAGCGCGAACUACGAGUGA